AUGAAAAAAAAUAGUAAAAAUAAUAUCGGUUUCUUUCCACCGGAAGAAACAUUAGCCAAAAUACGGGAAAAAAUGUUAGCACCUAAUUAUCCGCGAAUUAAUAUAGCCCUGCCCAAAGAUGCUACCUCGCUAGAAAAGAGUAAAUAUUUUUUGUGCAAAAAAGUAUUAGUCCAUAAGCAAGAGAAUAAUCUAUCGGUGGAGAAACUAGCUCAGCAAAUUAAUUUAACAGUUCCGGAAGUGGAGGAUAUUUUGUUUUGCCGAAUAAAUAAAUUUACUUUGGAUAGAUUAGUGGCUUAUGCUAAUAAUAUUUUUUCUUUUCAUCUAGCAAUUCAUGAAGACCCACCAAAAAAGGUAGUAAAAAAUUCAAUAAAAACCAAAAGUAAUGCACUUAUUGCUCGCAAAACUCCCAAUGGUCGUUUAAGAAAACACGCUUAA